CAACUCUUUUUCCAUGUAUACAUCUCAUUAUAAACACAAACUUUCCUUUUCAAUCCCAUAUAGCCAAUUAAGUAGCCAACAAAACACCAUGCAAGCUCCUGCACUAAAAUGUUCUCUCCUCUUCUUUAGCUACACUUUCUUGCUCUUCCUCUCAUCCUUAAACCUAGCUUCCUCGGCCAUUGUUUGUAACCCAAGUGACAAAAAAGCCCUCCUUGAUAUCAAAUACCAUUUCCACAAUGUCUCUGCUUUCAAAACUUGGGAUUCUAAAACUGAUUGUUGUAACGACUGGUCUGGUGUCUUAGGCUGUGAUAAACAUGGCCAUGUUACAACACUCGAUUUCACUUCUUACAACCUUGCCGGCCCAAUCCCCUCAUCCCUUGGUAAAUUACGUAAGCUUAAGACCGCUAUUCUCCAUACAAACAACCUCUCCGGUCACAUUCCAUCCUUUUUGGGACUUAUGAGAAACUUAGAGUUCCUUUACCUCUACGACAAUAAGCUUACUGGCCCAAUCCCAUCUUCACUCUCCCAACUCCCAAAAAUAUCCGCGAUCAACCUAGGCUCAAACCAACUCACAGGCUCAAUCCCAGAGUCCUUUGGCUCAUUCAUAAGCCCUUUAAUAACCUCCCUAUCCCUCUAUUCCAACAAACUAUCCGGUCCGGUCCCAAAGUCACUUGGAAAGGCUAACAUUCAAUUAUUAGAUCUCAACGACAACAAGUUCACGGGUGAUGCAUCAUUUCUAUUUUCAAAAGACAACACAUCCUUAUUCAGUAUAGACAUAAGUAACAAUCUCUUUCACUUUGAUUUUUCAAAUGUUGAUCUUCCUCAAAGUUUAGAGUAUCUAAACAUAAGCCAUAACAAAAUCUAUGGUUCAUUGCCUAAACGACUAGGGCAGUUGCCUUUGAAAAAGAUUGACGUGAGCUUCAACCAGCUUUGUGGGAAGAUACCAACUGGUAGGAGAUUAAAGCAGUUUAGCCCCGUAUUCUUUUCCCAUAACAAGUGCUUGUGCGGUCCACCAUUAGCACCUUGCCAUUAGUAAACUUUAUAUAGUAUAAUGCAUUAGCUUAUUUACAUUCAGUAAUUUAAAUAAGGAGAUCGAGGAGGUGUACGUGAAUUGAGAGUUGUACACUUCUACGUACCAUUCCGUUGUUGCAUCUACUUCUUCGGUCACAAAUGUUUAAGUAUUUUUUUUUUAAAUGAUUGUGUUUUAUACUAAUAUACUUUUCAUCUGUUUA